AUGUUGGCAGAUUUCAAAGACAAAACUGAGUUCAGGGCUAGAAAACCAACCAAUAUGAAUGCUCAGAGAAGAGGAGUGAUGCAGAAGAUUGGUGGGUUUGAUUUGAAGUCAGCAAUUAAUCUAGCGGAGAAAAGGAUGAAGCAAGAGGGUGCAUAG